AUGCCGAUGAUACCUUUACCCGGUGGUCAAGAUGUACGAACUUUAUGGAAAAAGUUUAAUGAACGAAUCCAAGAGCCAACAGCUCAACGCCAAGUUAUCCUGGUUGCUGUUUGUAUUGCCCUUUUAUUGGACAAUAUGCUUUACAUGGUCAUUGUGCCCAUAAUACCAGAUUAUUUAAGGCAAAUAGGCGCUUGGACAACCCACAAGGAGGGUGGAAGAGUCGAGUAUAUUCCGGAAAACAGUACCAAUAGAUUGAUACCUCUAAGAAUUGGAGGUAAAGUUGUCUAUGAAGGUGAAGAUUCAGCGGUUGGAUUGUUGUUUGCAAUCAAAGCAAUGGUUCAAUUGUUGGUUAAUCCAUUUUCGGGUGCUAUUAUUGAUCGACUUGGUUAUGAUGUGCCCAUGAUGAUUGGUUUAACGAUUAUGUUUUUCUCAACAUCUCUGUUUGCCUGUGGACGAUCUUAUGGAGUCCUCUUUUUUGCUCGUUCCCUUCAAGGAGCUGGCUCAGCAUUUGCCGAUACAGGAGGUUUAGCCAUGAUUGCCGAUCGUUUUACCGAAGAAUCGGAGCGACAAAAAGCACUUGGAAUAGCAUUGACUUUCAUCUCUUUUGGUUCAUUAUGUGCACCUCCAUUUGGUGGAUUUUUGUAUGAAUUUUGCGGUAAAGAAGUUCCCUUUAUUUUGCUUGCGCUGGUUUGCCUGUUUGAUGGUUUCCUAGUGCUCAUUGUCAUGUCCACCGUGAGAGCUCAAAUGAAACAAGCAGGAAUCAGUCGACCCGCUGAAGGAACACCAAUAUAUGUACUUCUUCAGGACACUGAUAUCGCAGUUUGUGCCGGAGCCUUGGUCAUGGCCAAUGUAUCCCUGGCUUUUCUUGAGCCAACCAUAUCCAUUUGGAUGCAAGAUACAAUGGCUGUUGAAGAAUGGCAAAUCGGAAUGAUCUGGCUUCCAGCCUUUCUUCCUUACGUGGCGGGCAUCUAUUUGACGGUUCGCCUAUCCAAUCGUUACCCUUGCUACCAAUGGCUUCUAGCAGCAACUGGCCUUGCUCUGACGGGCACCUCAUGUCUCCUCAUUCCUUGGUGUUCCUCCUUUUGGAGUUUAUUCUUGCCCAUCUCUAUCCUUUGCUUUGGCGUGGCAACCAUUGACACUGCUGUCCUGCCAACAUUGGGAUACAUUGUGGACACUCGCUAUGUUUCCGUUUAUGGGUCCAUCUAUGCGAUUGCCGACAUCUCCUAUUCAAUGGCCUAUGCUUUUGGACCCAUUAUUGCUGUAAUUUAG